CGCCGGACUCGCUCCUUGCCAAAGUGUGUUCUCCAAAAUGUUCUCGAGGCUGUCGGCGAGAGCCUUGAAGGCGUCGUCCCCGUCGUUCUCGGCGUCCCGCGCGUCCCAGGCUGCCCGUGGCUCAUCGGUCCGGUUCGCCUCGACCUCCUCAUCCUCGUCCUCCGCGUUCCAGUCUGCGCUGAACUCCAAUUUCGCGCUCGUGUCCGCCUCGCUUGUCUCGGUCGGGUCUAUCGUCUGGUACACCCACCUCUAUGGCUCGCUCCCCGUGAUCGGCGAGGUGCACGCCAGCCACCUCAGCGACGAGGGUCUCCACCCGGUCGCCUACCCCUGGUCGCACAAGGGUUGGAUGGACUCCUUCGACCACGCCAGCAUCCGCCGAGGGUACCAGGUUUACCGCGAGGUCUGCGCGGCGUGCCACUCGCUCGACCGCAUCGCAUGGCGCAACCUCGUCGGUGUGUCGCACACCGCGGACGAGGCGCGCGCAAUGGCGGAGGAGAUCGAAUACCAGGACGGCCCGGACGACAACGGCGAGAUGUUCCAGCGUCCCGGAAAGCUCUCGGAUUACAUGCCUGCUCCCUACCCCAAUGAGGAGGCUGCCCGUGCGAGCAACGCCGGUGCCCUCCCGCCCGACCUCAGCUUGAUUGUCAAGGCUCGCCACGGCGGUGCCGACUACAUUUUCUCUCUGCUCACGGGCUACAUCGACCCCCCUGCCGGUGUCGAGAUCCGUGAGGGGAUGAACUACAACCCCUUCUUCCCGGGUGGUGCCAUCGGUAUGGCCCGUGUGUUGUUCGACGGCCUCGUCGAGUACGAUGAUGGCACUCCCGCGACGACGUCCCAGAUGGCCAAGGACGUUGUCACCUUCCUCAACUGGGCCGCCGAGCCAGAGCACGACGAGCGCAAGAAGGUCGGCAUCAAGGCCGUCAUCCUGUUCUCCACCCUCUUCGCCCUCAGCUUGUACACCAAGCGCUUCAAGUGGACGCCAAUCAAGAACAGGAAGAUUGUCUACGACCCGCCGGCGGGUGGCAAGCACUAGACGUCGUAGAGUAUAUUCUUCCUGUAGUC